UCCAGUAGUCCGAUCAGUCCAUCCAUCGGAAAUAUCGGCGACAAGAGCCGUCCAAUCGAGCACAGAUCGAAGCCUUGCCAUGUUGGGUUGUCAAGUGUCGGCUUAGGCGCAAUGGAAAGCAGCCGGACCUGCAGCUGGCAUAGCGAGGCAAUCGCAGCACCGCGGCUAUUCUGCUUUCGAGCGGCAGAGUCCUGGACAAGGGAAUGCAGCGCAGUGCCGAUGGUAGACGAGAGCUGGGCUCAUGCGCUGGCAGCCGAUGGCUGCUGCAGCAUCAUGCAUCGGCGAGUCAGAGUCUUCAUGAUCUUCAGCCUCAAUGACCGCGGUAUCCAACAGCCACGCUGCUGUGAACUCGUGCAUGGUAUCAAUAGAGCGCAGCAGGAGCUGGCAGAGGGAGCUAAGCUGUGCGCAAUUCUCCGCCUGUUCCAUCUCGCACAGCAGAUCGCAUGUCAAUGUAUGGAAUGCUGCGACAGAUUCAGCAGUCAGAUCGCGCACCGCUUGCGAUAGGCAUAUAGAUAGGCUGAUCAUCUGUCCAAGGCCAGCGUUUGGCAAUGCCGAGAUGCUGUUGAGAAUCUCAAGCAGGGCCGAAUUGGCUAGCUGGCUUUUGAACGCUGGCCAUGGAUCCCGAAACGACUGCAGUGGACUGCGUCUCCCUUUACACUCGACUCGGCUGCAGCAGGCAGUACCGGCGGCAGGAUGCCCAUUCUUGCUGGUAGGACGCCUGCUUUCUGGCCACCGUGCGGCAUCGACGAGAAGUCCUCGACACUCGGGUAUAUGCUGCUGCUCGAUCCGCUGGCUGCCCUGGCGGAGUAGUGGACAAUGACUUUGCCGACGGCGUCUUUGGUCAUUGCUGCAGCCUGCGCCUCUUGCUGCUGGAAGAAUAUCUCUGUCUUUAGCCGCUCGAUUUCGCCUUCGAAAUCUCUCCGUGUCUUGGCCUGCUCGGCGCUGACAUUUGCAAUCUGGUUUGCC